AUGGCAAAAUUACCAAUUAUAUAUCCACCGCCUUCCCCUCCAUUCUCACCACCUACCCCUCCAUUUCCACCACCUUCCUCUCCAUCCCCACCACCUUCCUCUCCAUCCCCACCACCUUCCUCUCCAUCCCCACCACCUUCCUCUCCAUCCCCACCACCUUCCUCUCCAUCCCCACCACCUUCCUCUCCAUCCCCACCACCUUCCUCUCCAUCCCCACCACCUUCCUCUCCAUCCCCACCACCUUCCUCUCCAUCCCCACCACCUUCCUCUCCAUCCCCACCACCUUCCUCUCCAUCCCCACCACCUUCCUCUCCAUCCCCACCACCUUCCUCUCCAUCCCCACCACCUUCCUCUCCAUCCCCACCACCUUCCUCUCCAUCCCCACCACCUUCCUCUCCAUCCCCACCACCUUCCUCUCCAUCCCCACCACCUUCCUCUCCAUCCCCACCACCUUCCUCUCCAUCCCCACCACCUUCCUCUCCAUCCCCACCACCUUCCUCUCCAUCCCCACCACCUUCCUCUCCAUCCCCACCACCUUCCUCUCCAUUCCCACCAUCUUCCCCACCAUUUCCUUCCACUUCCUUGCACUCGUUACAGUUGCCAUCAUCAUCGCAACCACCAACACCACCACCACCACCAUCGUCAUCAUCACCAUCAACGCCACCAUCAACACUAUUGGUUGAUAACAGUUUUGAAAGUGAAAUUUCCAUUGUAGGACAAAUGGUUUGCUAUUUGGCUGCCUAG